AUGCGGCUAUCGCAGGAUCAAAUCUCUAUGCUGGAGCAAGUCUUUCAGAAGCACCCGAAGCUGGUGGCUCGGCAGAAGGCGAGCCUGGCGGAGAGGCUCGGCGUGCGGAUGCGGCAGGUGGAGGUGUGGUUUCAGAACCGGCGGGCGCGCACCAAGGUGAAGCAGACAGAGGCGGAGCUUGAGGGGCUGAGGCAGCGCUGCCAGCAGCUGGCUGCGGAGAAUAAACGGCUCAAGCUGCAGCUGGCUGAGAGGGAGAGGGGGGAGCGGGGGGAGAGGGCAGAGAAGGGGGAAAGGGAGAUGGAAAAGGGGGGGAAGAGGGGGAGAGGAGGAGGAGAUGAUGGGGGUGCAACGAAGAGGGUGAAGGUCGAGGGUGCGAUUGAGUGGGAGGUGUGUGGUUCGUGUAAGAGGAAUGAGAAGCAAGGAGGGGAACAAGGGGCGAAGCAAGGGGAGGAGAUGGCGGUGCAACAAGCAGUUGCGUCCAAUGAGGAUGAUUCUUCCGCCGAGCGACAAAUGAGGAUCGCGCACGCGGCUACUAGCCAUGCUUGCCCCGCCGCACUCCCCGCUGCUACUAGCGCGUACGCUGCCUGCUGCUAUCGCCUGUCGUACGUUGCUGUCGUCGCCUGUCGUACGCCGUUAUCGUCCCUGUCGUACGUUGCUAUCGUCGAAUGUCGUACGCUACAACCGUAG